AUGGGCGAGGAGACGAGCACGAAUGUGGUGAGCAAUGACAAACAGGAACAAGGCCCCAAGGGCCAAGACCUGGCCGUUAAAGGCAACAUCAGCAACUACUCUUACGGAGCACUAGACGAACGACUCGACGAGCAGAGCCGACGGGCGACGUGCGAAGAAGGAUGGAGGUUGGACGGCGGUUGUAUCUACGGCGCCAGGAGGCGGUGA